AUGAUUGAUCCAGCUUCACACAAAACUACCCCUGGAGACGAUGAAUCUCAACUGCAGGAUCCGGUGAGCUUGAGCGACGAGGAUAUAUGGAAGGCAUUCCGACACCAUAGCCCCGGAGUCGUCACUUUUCCAUCCGUUCUGGCCCAAAUUCCCAUUCAAAGAACUCUCAACCCUACCGUUCCAGAGCCUCCGGACGGAAGAUUCCGGUUCGAGUAUGCAGAGCAUACGUGGCUGGGAAAUGCAAUCCCUCUGAGAUGGCACGACGGCACGACCAAGCUCGCAAAGGAGAUCUUGAUCAGUCUGCCAAAUGGGCUGAGGAUCACCUACGGGACCAUCAACGCUCUCGCAGGGGACUUUUACGCAAUGAGCGACCCCAUAUGCGAAGGCCCGAGCCUGAUGCAACGACAGGACCGAUUCAGGCGGUCGUUUGACUUUCUGGCGUCGGAUCCCAAAACGCCAGCCGAAGCCCAGGAACUGAUGCACCUACUUCAGUUGGAGAUUGACAGGGUCAACGAGGCCCUGCGCCAGGGGAAGUCCGUGCCCGAGGCUUAUUAUAGCCUCGGAGACAUGACUGCAGAGUUCCUAACGAUCAUGUCAAAGUACAGACCCAUCGGCUCCGGCAAACCGGACUACCUGCGGCUGGCGAAGUCCAAUCUUGACCACUUCGGAGAAGGGGCCCGAAUGGCAUACGAUGCGGGACAUUCCCUCGCCCUCGAGGUGGCGGCAAAAGGCACCCCCCAAGCGCUGGAGCUGGGGUAUGCGAUGAACGCAUUCGCCGACCACUUCCUGGAAGACCAGUUCGCCGCUGGGCACUUGCGCACCCCAAGGAAAGCCCUUUCCGGUAUUGGGGUUUCUGACCUGUGCUCCAAGUACAUGCACGACGAAGACAACGCCAUCGGGCUGCAAGUGUCGAAUCCACACGGAGAGACCUGGACCGCAUACGGCGACAAGAAGCUCUUGACCGGCGACGACGCGGAGAAUCAGAAACGCUGUCACCAGGCACUGAUGGCGUCGGCCGAUGAAGUGUACGACGCGUGGACCUCGCGCAAACCAACCCCGAUCGGACUGUUCAAGGCGUGGAACCACGCGCCCACAUUGCAGUCGGCCCAGGCGAAGCAGGAGCACGAGCCUCUGUUCAACCCGAAAGCGCAAGUGCGCACGCCGUUUGAGGAUCGCAGAUCGACCAACUACACAUCCGUCUUCAACUGGGUUGGGCUGUAUAUGAAGUUUCGAGAGAGUCCGGUGUUCAAGGAGCCUAUUCGUUUGUAG